ACCGAUGAAAACGAGGGGCCUGCCGCGCCAUCUCCCGCUGCCCCGUCCCCCAUGGCAGCCCGCUUAAGGGGACGGCGAGACCAGCAGCUGGCCGCGGAUUCUACUUCCUCUCAGGCAUUCCCUCUCCGGACCGGAGGAAAUGGCCAACUACAAUACUGGCCGUUCUCCUCCUCCGACCUAUAUAACUGGAAAAAUAACAAUCCCUCUUUUUCUGAAGACCCAGUUAGGCUGACUGCUCUAAUUGAGUCGGUCCUGAUUACUCAUCAGCCCACCUGGGAUGAUUGUCAACAAUUACUGCAGACUUUGCUGACUUCGGAGGAGAAGCAGAGAGUCCUCCUGGAGGCUCGAAAGGCGGUUCGGGGAGCAGACGGACGUCCCACCCAGCUGCCUAAUGAGAUAGACGCCGCCUUUCCCCUCGAACGUCCCAAUUGGGACUUCACCACACAGGAAGGUAGGAAUCACCUAAUCCUCUAUCGCCAGUUGCUCAUAGCGGGUCUCCAUGGGGCGGGCCGACGCCCCACCAAUUUGGCGAAAGUUAAACAGGUACUGCAGGGACCGGGAGAAACUCCCUCAGCGUUCUUAGAGCGGCUCAAAGAAGCCUAUCGUAGAUACACCCCGUAUGACCCAGAAGAUCCAGGGCAAGAAACUAGCGUAGCUAUGUCUUUCAUUUGGCAAUCUGCUCCAGAUAUCAAACGCAGACUCGAGCGCCUAGAAAACUUAAGGGAGAGUUCGCUCAGGGACCUACUAAAGGAGGCAGAAAGAAUCUUUAAUAAACGAGAGACUCCAGAAGAGAGGGAGGAUCAUCUUAGAAAGGAGGCAGAGGAAAGAGAGGACCGUCGCAGAACGGAAGCUGAGGAAAAAGAAAAAGAAAGGGACCGCAAGAGACAUAAGGAAAUGAGCAAACUCUUGGCCACCGUAGUUUCCAGUCAAAGACAGGGUAGACAGGAGGGAGACCGAAGGGGGCCCCAGGUAGAGAAAGAUCAAUGUGCAUACUGCAAGGAGAAAGGACAUUGGGUCAAAGACUGCCCCAAAAGACCGAAGGGGCCCCGGAAGCCACGACCCCAGACCUCCCUCCUAACCUUGGAAGAUAGGGGGGUCAGGGUCAGGAGCCCCCCCCCUGAGCCCAGGAUAACUCUUGACGUCGGGGGGCAGCCAGUCACCUUCCUGGUGGACACUGGGGCUCAACACUCUGUGUUGACCCAAAACCCCGGACCCCUGAGCGAUAAAUCCGCUUGGGUCCAGGGGGCUACCGGGGGAAGAAGAUAUCGAUGGACAACCGACCGCAAGGUACAUCUGGCCACUGGUAAGGUGACUCAUUCUUUUCUCCAUGUCCCGGAUUGCCCAUACCCAUUACUGGGAAGAGACCUGCUGACUAAAUUAAAGGCCCAAAUAUACUUUGAAAAUUCGGGGGUGCGAAUUGUGGGGCCACAAGGACAGCCCCUGCAUGUGUUAACCCUAAAUUUGGAAGAUGAAUAUCGGCUCCAUGAGCCACCUAGAGACCCCAAAACCGCACUAGAGACUUUUUGGCUAUCUAAAUUUCCCCAAGCAUGGGCAGAGACUGGGGGUAUGGGAUUGGCCACUCAACAAGCCCCCUUGAUUAUAUCGCUAAAAGCGACUGCUACCCCUGUCUCAAUCAAACAAUAUCCCAUGUCGCUUGAAGCUAAGACGGGAAUCAGACCCCACAUACGGAGACUCCUGGACCAAGGGAUACUAACACCCUGUCAGUCCCCCUGGAAUACUCCCCUAUUACCUGUCAAAAAGCCGGGAACUGGGGACUAUCGGCCAGUCCAGGACCUCAGAGAAGUUAACAAACGGGUAGAAGACAUACAUCCCACCGUGCCUAACCCCUACAAUUUGUUAAAUGGGCUUUCCCCGUCUCAUAAUUGGUACUCAGUAUUGGACUUAAAAGAUGCAUUCUUUUGCCUAAGACUUCACCCAGAAAGUCAGCCUAUAUUUGCCUUCGAAUGGAAGGACCCAGAAUUGGGGAUUUCGGGACAACUAACUUGGACCCGGCUCCCACAAGGGUUCAAAAACAGCCCUACCCUGUUCGAUGAGGCGCUGCAUAGGGAUCUGGCCGAUUUCAGGAUUCAACACCCUACCCUGAUUUUGCUCCAAUAUGUGGAUGACCUCCUACUGGCGGCUACCUCAGAACAGGAAUGUAAAGAAGGCACCAAGGCCUUACUAUUGACCCUAGGGAACCUGGGCUAUAAAGCCUCCGCCAAAAAGGCUCAAAUUUGCCAAAAGCAGGUCACUUAUCUGGGGUACCAAAUCAAAGAAGGGCAAAGAUGGCUGACUGAGGCCAGGAAAGCGACAGUUAUGAACAUGCCUGUACCUGGGACCCCUCGGCAGCUGAGGGAGUUCCUGGGGACAGCAGGGUUCUGUCGCCUAUGGAUUCCAGGAUUUGCUGAAAUAGCAGCCCCUUUAUACCCACUCACCAAAUCAGGGACUCUGUUCAGGUGGGGCGAGGACCAACAGAAGGCAUAUCAGGAAAUAAAGCGGGCCUUACUCACCGCUCCCGCAUUGGGACUCCCAGACCUAACUAAGCCAUUUGAACUGUUUGUGGACGAAAAACAGGGUUACGCAAAAGGGGUCCUAACUCAAAAACUGGGUCCUUGGAGACGUCCUGUAGCUUAUCUCUCGAAGAAGCUCGACCCAGUGGCUUCAGGAUGGCCGCCCUGCCUGCGAAUGGUAGCGGCGAUUGCAGUCCUCACCAAGGACGCGGGAAAAUUAACUCUGGGCCAGCCAUUGACCAUCCUGGCACCACAUGCGGUGGAGGCCUUGGUUAAGCAGCCUCCAGACCGUUGGCUCUCUAAUGCCCGCAUGACCCACUACCAAGCCAUGCUCCUGGAUACGGACCGGGUGCACUUCGGACCUGUGGUAACCCUAAACCCUGCAACCCUGCUCCCUUUGCCGGAGGGAGGGGCGAAACACGAUUGCCUCGAGAUCCUUGCGGAAAUGCACGGGACCAGACCGGACCUGACGGAUCAACCCCUCCAGAACGCUGACUUCACCUGGUAUACAGACGGGAGCAGUUUUCUGCAGGAUGGUCAGCGGAGAGCUGGGGCUGCAGUAACCACCGAGACCGAGGUAAUCUGGGCAGAAACCCUUCCAACCGGGACCUCGGCCCAGCGGGCUGAACUCAUAGCACUCACCCAGGCGCUCAGGCUGGCAGAAGGUAAGAAGCUUAAUGUCUAUACCGAUAGCCGGUACGCUUUUGCCACCGCCCAUAUCCACGGGGAAAUUUAUCGGAGGCGGGGACUGCUAACAUCCGAGGGCAAAGAAAUUAAAAACAGGAACGAGAUUUUGGCCUUACUAAAAGCCCUGUUUUUACCCCAAAGACUCAGUAUAAUCCACUGCCCAGGACACCAGAAAGGGGAUAGCCCCAAGGCCCGAGGCAACCGAAUGGCUGACAGGGCCGCACGGGAGGCUGCCAUGGGCACGGAGAUACUAAAAAGACUGGGGGCUUCUCAGGAUUCGGUCAAAGGGCAUUGGGUCUUCCAAGGCAAAUCUGUGGUGCCCACAAAACAGACCUUCGAACUGAUAGACUAUUUACACAAGCUAACUCACCUUGGCCCUCGGAAAAUGAAGACUCUCCUAGAUAGAGAAGAAAGCUUCCAUUAUUUGCUAGGCAGAGACAAAAUCCUACAGCAGGUAGCAGACGCCUGUAAGGCAUGCGCUCAGGUCAAUGCCGGAAAAUCUAAAUUCGGGACAGGAAUCCGGAUGCGAGGACACCGACCAGGUACCCAUUGGGAAAUUGACUUUACUGAAAUAAAGCCUGGGCAAUAUGGAUACAAAUAUCUGUUGGUGUUUGUGGACACCUUCUCCGGAUGGGUAGAAGCCUUCCCGACUAAAUAUGAAACAGCCAAGAUAGUGACCAAAAAGCUGCUGGAAGAGAUUUUCCCCAGGUACGGCAUGCCCCAGGCACUGGGAACCGAUAAUGGGCCCGCCUUCGUCUCCCAGGUAAGUCAGUUGGUGGCCAAGCUCUUGGGGAUUAAUUGGAAAUUACAUUGCGCUUACCGACCCCAGAGUUCAGGACAGGUAGAAAGGAUGAAUAGAACAAUUAAGGAGACUUUGACUAAAUUAACGCUUGCAACUGGCACUAGAGAUUGGGUACUCCAACUACCCCUAGCCCUCUACCGUGCCCGCAACACUCCAGGACCACACGGACUUACUCCCUUUGAGAUAAUAUAUGGGGCGCCCCCGCCCCUCAUUAAUUUUUUUGACUCCAAUAUUUCAGACUUUACUAACAGUCCCUCUCUGCAAGCUCACUUACAGGCACUCCAGGCCGUACAGAGGGAAGUUUGGAAACCACUGGCUGCCGCUUACAGAGACCAGCUGGACAGACCAGUGAUACCCCACAACUACCAAAUUGGUGACGCAGUCUGGGUCCGCCGGCAUCAGACAAAGAACUUGGAACCCCGCUGGAAGGGACCCUACACCGUACUGCUGACCACUCCCACUGCUCUCAAGGUCGACGGCAUUGCGGCUUGGGUCCACGCCUCCCACGUAAAAGCAGCCCGAUCGGACGAGAAAACAUCAACAUCAUCAUGGAAGGUUCAGCGUUCUCAAAACCCUCUAAAGAUAAGACUCACUCGGGAGCCCCGCUAAUCAUCUUAUGGGCCCUGCUAGGACUAGAAAAAGGGGGGAUGGCCAGGAGCCCUCAUACUAUUUAUAAUAUAACUUGGAAAGUCACUAACCUUAUGACAGGGCAGGUUGUCAAUUCCACCUCCAUGUUGGGGACUACAAAGGAUGCUUUCCC